AUGAUCGACUCAGGCGUGUAUCGCUACGAGCGUAAUCGGACGAGCCACGAGUUCUUUAGUCCAGGUCCACUUGCGACCACACGAACCGCCACCGCUCGAUCCGCCAUCUUCAAUCUGGUGAGCACAAUCAUUGGCGGUGGUAUCUUGUCGCUUCCUUUCGCCUUUGACAAGUGUGGACUUGUAGUAGCGUUGGUCUUUACGGCCAUCGCUGCAUCUGCCUCUACCUUUAGCCUUUACGUCGUUGUGAGUUGUAGUCGACGUGGACACGCUACGUCUUACGAAGAAGUAGUGCGUAUAGCACUGGGAGCUCGAGCUGGACGCGUCACGGUCGUUCUUCUAGUGCUGCUCACGUUCCUCACGCUCGUGGCAUACGUCAUUCUUAUCAAAGAUCUUGUGGGUUCAUUAGGCGUGAACUUCCUGUAUAAGCGGCCAAUAUCUGAGGUGGAGCAAAAUAUUUUGCCGAUCGUCUGCGUUCUGCUCGUGUCACCAGCGCUACUGACACGCUCCAUGGACGCGCUGCGCUUUACCUCUGUCUUCAGUCUCGUGUCAGUGUUUGUGUUGGCAUUUUCAAUCACGGUACGAGCGGUAGACGUGGUGUUUAGACGUAGUGAUAUUAUGGAGGUUGAGAUUCGAAAUCAGAUUCCGAUCAAGAUGACCCCCGAUAGCUGGGUAGAUGCUGUCUAUGCCUUCCCCAUCAUCUCCGUAUCGUUCCUAUGUCAUUUUAACGUGCUCCCUGUGUAUCGUGAAUUGCACAAGCCAACGCGCCAACGCUUGAAAAAGAUCGUGACGUCUACGAUGUUCUCUACGUGGUUGUUUUACAUGGUCGUCGGGAUCAUGGGAUACCUCUUUGCAUUUCAACAAUCAGGAGGAGUGCAAGGCGAUAUCCUCAAUAACUUUAGCGACAACGACGCGCUUGUAAACCUCGGACGACUCGGCUUGCUAGUCACUAUUCUAUUGAGCUUGCCUCUCAUUAUCCAGCCGUGCCGUGCCAAUCUGCUUCGACUUGCCAAAAUCAUUAGAAACUAUAGUCGUGCCCGUGCUACAGUUUCCUACACCCUCGCUUCUUCAAACUCGGACGAAAGCGAGGCUGCUGGAGAAGAAACAAUGCUUUUGCCUAUCAGAGAUGAAGCUGCAGUGGUUGGUAUGAUUAAUGCUUCUACGUCAGCAAGGUUUAGAGCUGCCGCCGUUCAUGUGCUGCUUACUAUCAGCAUCAUGGCCAGCGUAAUUACAAUUGCGCUGAUUUUGCCUGGUGUUGCUGGUGUAUGGAACCUCAUGGGCUCUACUGUUGGCCUCCUCAUUUCAUACGUCUUGCCAUGCGUAUCCUACGUAAGUAUUCGCCGCGAGAAGCCAAACAGAGACCGACGUAAACUUACAGCUUGGAUUAUUCUUGCAGCUAGCUCAAUUACCUGCGUUGUUUGCACUAUCCAGGCGUUCAUGUCGGUCUUUAAUCUGUAG